AUGGAGCCAGGUGCCUGGGGGAAUGGGACAACUGUCAUUGAGUUAAUCCUCCUUGGCCUAACAGAGAACCCAAGACUGCAAACCAUCCUUUUUGCUGUCUUCCUCUUUGCCUAUGUAGUCACAGUUGGGGGCAAUGUCAGCAUCAUGGCUGCCAUCUUUGUGGAGCCCAAACUCCACACUCCUAUGUACUACUUCCUGGGGAACCUGUCUCUGCUGGACAUUGGGUGCAUCACUGUCACCAUUCCUCCAAUGCUGGCAUGUCUCCUGGCCCACCGAUGCAGGGUCCCCUAUGCUACCUGCAUUUCACAGCUUUUCUUUUUCCACCUCCUGGCUGGUGUGGACUGUCACCUCUUGACAGCCAUGUCCUAUGACCGCUACCUGGCCAUCUGCCAGCCACUCACCUAUAGUGCCCGCAUGAGCCGUGAAGUCCAGGGUGUCCUGGUGGGCAUUUGCUGUACCAUCUCCUGCAUCAAUGCUCUGACUCACACAGUGGCUGUGUCCAUGCUUGACUUCUGCGGCCCUAAUGUGGUCAACCACUUCUACUGCGACCUCCCACCCCUUUUCCAGCUCUCCUGCUCCAGCACUCACCUCAACGGACAACUGCUUUUUGUUGGGGCCAUCUUCAUGGGGGUGAUCCCCAUGAUCCUGAUCUCACUGUCCUAUGCCCACGUCACAGCUGCAGUUCUACGAAUCCGCUCCGCUGAGGGAAGAAGGAAGGCCUUCUCCACGUGUGGCUCCCACCUCACCGUGGUCUGUAUCUUUUAUGGAACUGGCUUCUUCAGUUACAUGCGUCUCAGCUCAGUCUCAGCCUCAGAAAAGGGCAAGGGGAUUGGAAUCCUCAAUACUAUCCUCAGCCCCAUGCUGAACCCAUUCAUCUACAGCCUCCGGAACCCUGAUGUGCAGGGCGCCCUGAAGAGAGUGCUGACGGGGAAGAGGCCCCCUGAGUGA